AACCUGCGCAGAGCAAUGGGGGGAGCAAAGGGACCUUCCUUCCUUCUACUCGUAUCACUCUGCUUCUCUGCAAUCGUUGCCUCGUACAUGUAUAUAAGAACGGUGGAGAUUUACAACCAGAAGACUCCGCGACCGCUUUACAACAAGAACCCGAAAUCGGUUUUCCAUCCACCUGCGUAUAAAAGACAAACAAUAUUGGAGAUAAAACCCGUUGUUUCACCAGCCAAAGUUUCCUCAAAUAAACGCAAUCCAAUUGACCUGAAUCAUGUCACCACCGCUGCCAACAUGUCGGCAUCCGUAGUCAACCCCAAGACCGUGUAUCAAGUUGGAGAAACGCUUUUAGUAAAAAUCGUGGCUCGAGAUGCAAACGGGCGGCCGAAAUCGUACGGUGAAGAUUUCCUCUUGGCAAAGCUUCAUACAAAAUCUCCGACAGAGGCCUGUACGUCUGGUAAGAUAACAGACUACGGAAAUGGUAUUUACCUAGCCACGUUUCUUCUACCCUUGUCUGGCAAUUUUUCCGUGUCAGUCAUACUGGUACACCCUAGCGAAGCCAUCCAAAUUCUAAAAAGGAUUCACGACACCUAUUCAGACGUACGCAAUACCUGGUGCCAGUUUUCCGAUCAGAAAGCCAACAUUUCGGAAUGGACGAAAUGUGGCUUUUACCCUAACUACAAGAUUGAUCCGGAAGAGGUGUGUGAUUUUUCCAAGCCGGGCCCCAAUGCUACCUGGUACUGCGGGAGGCCAAAAGGAAUCGCCUGCGAGACAAUCAUGAAAUGCAUCAACAACGAAACGGCCGACCAUGCCCUCGUGGAGGAGUUGGUUACCCUUGAUGAGGCUCAACUCUUCACAAGAUACCAAGUAAAUCAGGAAGUUCCAAAUGACAUCAGGAUUACUGUUCAAAACAAAGGGAGCCAUCUUGGACCCCCGAAGAUGGAAGGACGUCCCUUGCCAACAUGCGGCCCUCGUCUACCGAAGACCACAUCUGAGGGAUACUGGUACAACAAAACCUGGACUUCUCUCAGGUGCCAGUCCUCACACUUCUCCCCCUCCCCGGCAACCUACAAAUGUUUGAAGAACAAAACCUUCUACCUAUUUGGCGACUCCACAGCGCGACAAUACAAAGACUAUCUGAACGAAUUAGUCGACAAAAUGAAUGCCCAGUUGCCCAAUGAUGUAAAGAAAACAGAAGACAUUCAUGACAGUAUAAAGGUUAAUUUCGAAUUCCAUAACUAUCCUCGUACUCAUCCCACAAACAACGCUAUGGGCGGCAAGUAUGCUGUAGAUAUAAUUGACGGACUUGUUGGUGGACCAGAUGUGGUCAUCAUUUUUAGCAUAUGGGCACAUUACACUGCUGUACACAUCGAGACGUUUCGGUCACGCGUGUACGGAAUUCGGAACGCCAUCGAACGUUUACACGCCAAGUACCCUGACACAAAGGUCAUAUGGCGAACGGGUAACAUGCGUGGACACGCUGGAUUGUUGUACUAUCUGUUCUACAAUAACUGGUAUGCGUAUCAGUUAGUGCUUGAAGCCAAGCGAAUUCUGGGCGGUCUGGACAUCUACGUGAUGGAUGUUUGGGAGAUGUCGGUGUGUACUACGUACGUAGUACAUCCGUUUCCCCACGUAAUCAAGAACCAUCUCGAUUUAGUGUUUUCCUACAUAUGCCAGGAGUAAGGAGAAGAGGUAUACCAGUCAGUUCAGGGUUUUUUCUAAACAGAGGAAUAAGGGAGCUGCUUCCUCAUAAAAUAGGUAGAUAUAUAAAGGAAUGCUUUGCUAUUAGAAAAA